AUGCCUGCUAAUGACACAUGUGCUGGACCAUAUGGGGACAAUACAGAUUUUUGAUACUUUAUCUAUGCAGUGACAUACACUGUCAUUCUUGUGCCAGGUCUCAUAGGGAACAUAUUAGCUUUGUGGGUAUUUUAUGGCUAUAUGAAAGAAACCAAACUAGCUGUGAAAUUCAUGAUGAACUUAGCCAUUGCUGACUUACUACAAGUUCUCUCCCUUCCACUGAGGAUCUUUUACUACUUGAAUCAUGACUGGCCAUUUGGGCCUGGCCUCUGCAUGUUCUGUUUCUACCUGAAGUAUGUCAACAUGUAUGCAAGCAUCUACUUUUUGGUCUGCAUCAGUGUGCAACAAUUUUGGUUUCUCAUGUAUCCCUUUCACUUCCAUGAUUGCAAACAGAAAUAUGACCUACAUAUCAGCAUUGCUGGCUGGCUGAUAAUCUGCCUUGCCUGUCUGGUCUUUCCUCUCCUCAGAACCAGUGAUGAGACCCCAGGCAACAGAACCAAAUGCUUUGUUGAUCUUCCUACCAGGAAUGUCAAUCUGGCCCAGUCUGUUGCCAUGAUGACCAUUGGAGAGUUAAUUGGGUUUGUCACUCCUCUCCUGAUUGUUCUUUAUUGUACCUGGAAGACAGUUUUAUCACUGCAAGAUAAGUACCCUGUGACCCAAGACCUCGGAGAGAAAAAGAAAGCUUUGAAAAUGAUUCUAACUUGUGCAGGAGUAUUCUUAAUUUGCUUUGCAUCUUAUCACUUCAGUUUUCCUUUAGAUUUUCUGGUCAAGUCCAAUGAAAUUAAAAGUUGUCUAGCCAGAAAAGUGAUUCUAAUAUUUCAUUCUGUUGCCCUCUGUCUUGCUAGUCUGAAUUCCUGUCUUGACCCAGACAUAUACUACUUCACCACUAAUGAGUUCAGGAGACGGCUUUCGAGACAAGAUUUGCAUGAUAGUAUCCAACUCCAUGCAAAAUAUCUUGUGAGCAACCAUACCACUUCUACCCUGACAACUGAAUUAUGCUAA